CCGCGAGCCGACAGCAGCCCUCCUGGGGCGCGGCGGCGGGAGAGGGAGCGCCUCGGGCCGGUCGGGGUUGCGUGUGCGCGGGACCGGGAGCCUCGAAGAUGGAUGCUACAGUGGUGAAUUUGUGGACUCUGUUUGAGCAGCUUGUGCGUCGGUUGGAGGUUAUCAAUGAAGGAAAUGAAAGCAUUGAAUUCAUCCAGGUUGUGAAGGACUUCGAGGAUUUCCGGAAAAAAUGUCAAAGAACCAACCAGGAGCUGGAGAAAUUUAAAGAUCUAUUAUUGAAAGCAGAGACUGGGCGUAGCGCUCUGGACGUCAAGCUGAAGCAUGCUCGUAACCAAGUAGAUGUAGAGAUCAAGCGGAGACAGCGAGCUGAGGCUGAAUGUGCAAAGCUGGAACAACAGAUUCAGCUGAUUCGAGACAUACUCAUGUGUGACACAUCUGGCAGCAUCCAGCUAAGCGAGGAGCAAAAAUCAGCUCUAGCUUUUCUCAACCGAGGCCAAGCAUCCAGUGGCAACCCUGGGAACAAUAGACUGUCAACCAUUGAUGAAUCUGGUUCCAUUUUAUCAGAUAUCAGCUUUGACAAGACUGAUGAAUCACUGGACUGGGAUUCUUCUCUGGUGAAGAAUUUCAAAAUGAAGAAACGAGAAAAGAGGCGCUCCAACAGCCGACAGUUCAUCGAUGGCCCUCCUGGGCCUAUAAAAAAAACCUGUUCCAUUGGCUCUACAGUAGACCAGGCAAAUGAAUCAAUAGUUGCAAAAACUACUGUGACUGUUCCAAGUGAUGGCGGACCCAUUGAAGCCGUGUCUACUAUUGAGACAUUGCCAUCUUGGACCAGGAGUCGGGGGAAAUCAGGUCCUUUACAGCCUGUGAACAGUGACUCCGCUCUGAACAGCAGGCCAGUGGAGCCAAGAACUGAGACAGACAAUCCGGGGACCCCUCAGAAUAACGGAGGCAUGCGCCUCCAUGACUUUGUCUCAAAGACGGUUAUCAAGCCUGAGUCUUGUGUUCCAUGUGGAAAGCGGAUCAAAUUUGGCAAGCUGUCUCUGAAGUGUCGAGAUUGUCGUUUGGUCUCCCACCCAGAGUGUCGGGACCGAUGUCCCCUUCCCUGCAUCUCUCCCCUGGUGGGAACUCCGGUUAAGAUUGGAGAGGGAAUGCUGGCGGAUUUCGUGUCCCAGACUUCCCCAAUGAUCCCUGCUAUCGUUGUCAGCUGUGUGAAUGAGAUCGAGCAGCGAGGCCUGACUGAGGCAGGCUUGUACAGGAUCUCAGGUUGUGACCGGACAGUAAAAGAGCUGAAAGAGAAAUUCCUCAAAGUGAGAACUGUACCUCUCCUCAGCAAAGUGGACGACAUCCAUGCCAUCUGUAGCCUCCUGAAAGACUUCCUUCGAAACCUCAAAGAACCCCUUCUGACCUUUUGGCUAAGCAAAACUUUUAUGGAGGCAGCAGAGAUAGCAGACGAGGACAACAGCACAGCUGCCAUGUACCAGGCUGUCAGUGAGCUGCCCCAGGCCAACAGGGACACACUGGCCUUCCUCAUGAUCCACCUGCAGAGAGUGGCUCAGAGUCCGAACACUAAGAUGGAUAUUGCCAAUCUAGCUAAGGUCUUUGGCCCUACCAUAGUUGCCCAUACUGUGCCUAAUCCAGACCCAGUGACAAUGUUUCAGGACAUCAAGCGUCAGCUCAAGGUGGUGGAGCGCCUGCUUUCUCUGCCCCUGGAGUACUGGAAUCAGUUCAUGAUGGUGGAACAAGAGAACAUUGACGUCCAGCGUGGCAAUGGAAGCUCAACACCGCGGACACCAGACCUUAAAGUGAGCUUGCUGGGGCCUGUGACCACUCCUGAAUUCCAACUUGUCAAGACUCCUUUAUCAAGUUCUCUGUCACAGAGAUUGUAUAACCUCUCCAAGAGCACUCCCAGAUUUGGGAACAAAAGCAAGUCUGCCACCAACUUAGGUCAACAAGGCAAAUUUUUCCCUGCUCCAUACCUCAAGUGAAGCCGUUUCUGUGGUGUCCAGUGUUUGCUGACCCCAGGACACACUUGGUCUUCAGCCUCCGUGUAAUCAGUACUUUAGCCUUCUCUGGGCUUUAAUAAAGUUCACUGUGCAUGAGUUUAUUUUUACACAGCUCCCUCUCACUUGGGUGACUUAGCAGCACCUGUACUAGUUACCAGGGGGAAGGGAAAUAGGUAUUGGUUGUGACUCUUUGGGGGGAAGGGGUAUCCCUUGGCUUAAAGCCAAAUACUGCUCAUAAAAUGACUUUGGUGUCACUUAGACAGUGUCGUCUCACGACAAGAGAUUGCAGGAAGGCCCCUGCUCAGAACCCAGACCCUGUUCGCCUGAGCUGUGGCAGGGAGCCCUCAGUGGGGUAGACUGAGGCACUGACUUGCAUAUUCUUCACUUGCAUUUGGGUUGAUUAGGUCUGUGUUGUAGAAAGGGCCGCAGCCUGCGAUACUGCGCCUCGUAGCCUCUAGCCGGCUUCUGGCUGGGCUUUGAGUUGAUUGGGGUCAGAGCCAGACUGAUCUAAAGCUAAAUUCAUUCUGGUGACUGACCUCUGGUUUUAUUUUAAAAGUCAGUGUGCAGUCAGCUACCAAUUCGGAAGACUGUCAACAUCUUCAUAUAUGGCAGGAAAGCUAGUUGUUUCUGUCUUUGCGCUUUGGGUGGUGAGCUGUUCCCGGGAAGCAGACUCGUGGAUGUGAAUGUUGGCUUUUGGUUAGCAUUUUCCCAGUGUCCAAAUGGCUUCCUUCCCUAGGGUGUUUUCUGACUCACACUAACUCUUAUCUGUAAGAUACAUAUUUGGAAUAUG